AGCGGAGGCUGGGAGCUCCAGGCCGGCCGGCGGUGGCGGCGGCGAGGCCCGGGACUCGGGCUGAGGGCUUGCGGUGGCGGCCACGGCGGAUUCAGAGCCCAGCAGCGGGUACCAGGCACAUUGCUGUCCCUGACGGGAGGGGUGCAGUGCAAGCCAGGCCGAGGCUUAUGGGGUUUCUCUGGAAACCCCCCUGGUAAGUGUGGCGGAGGCGGGACACUGUGACCCAAGACAAAAGGCCUGUAGCUGCAGCCAAAGAAAAUAAACCUUAGGAAGGAGAAAGAAAACAAAAGCAAACCAAACCGUUCAGCUGUUCCUGUGAACAGCCUGCAGUGGAAUCUACAGAGAGGACAACUAAUGUGAGUGAGGAAGUGACUGUAUGUGGACUGUGGAGACAGUAAGUCACGUGGGCCCCGAGUGCCUGGACUGGGUUAGGAUCAGUUGUACUUCCAGAGGUGAGGUGUCCAGAAGGGAAAAGUGAAUGUGGUGUGGAGUGUGGCCUUGGCUCCACGUGGUGUGCUUUCCUCUGGGGCCAUCAGGGAGUUCAGCCCUUGUUUUCUGUCAGGGUGGGAAACAGGGUCUGGCACUGAGAAGGGUGACCUGCUGGCUGGAGCGGCAGAGCAGUGGCCUUGCUUUAUCUUUUGGAAGAUUUAAAAACCAAAAAGCAUAAACAUUCUGGUCCUUCAGCAAUGCUUUCUCUGAAGAAAUACUUAACGGAAGGACUUCUCCAGUUCACCAUUCUGCUGAGUCUGAUUGGGGUGCGGGUGGACGUGGAUACUUACCUGACUUCACAGCUCCCCCCACUCCGUGAGAUCAUCCUGGGGCCCAGCUCUGCUUAUACUCAGACCCAGUUCCACAACCUGAGGAAUACCUUGGAUGGCUAUGGUAUCCACCCCAAGAGCAUAGACCUGGACAAUUACUUCACUGCCCGGCGGCUCCUCAGUCAGGUCAGGGCCCUGGACAGGUUCCAGGUGCCAACUACUGAAGUAAAUGCCUGGCUGGUUCACCGGGACCCGGAGGGGUCUGUCUCCGGCAGCCAGCCCAACUCAGGCCUCGCCCUCGAGAGUUCCAGUGGCCUCCAAGAUGUGACAGGCCCAGACAACGGGGUGCGAGAAAGCGAAACGGAGCAGGGAUUCAGUGAAGAUUUGGAGGAUUUGGGAGCUGUAGCCCCUCCAGUCAGUGGAGACUUAACCAAAGAGGACAUAGAUCUGAUUGACAUCCUUUGGCGGCAGGAUAUUGAUCUGGGGGCUGGGCGUGAGGUUUUUGACUACAGUCAUCGCCAGAAGGAACAGGAUGUGGAUAAGGAACUUCGAGAUGGAGGAGAGCAGGAGGACACCUGGGCAGGCGAGGGUGCGGAAGCUCUGGCCCGAGACCUGCUAGUGGACGGAGAGACUGGGGAGAGCUUCACUGCACAGUUCCCAGCAGAUGUUGCCAGCAUCACAGAAGCAGUGCCUAGUGAGAGUGAGUCCCCAGCUCUUCAGAACAGCCUCUUGUCUCCUCUCCUGACGGGGACAGAGUCGCCAUUUGAUUUGGAACAGCAGUGGCAAGAUCUCAUGUCCAUCAUGGAAAUGCAGGCCAUGGAAGUGAACACAUCAGCCAGUGAAAUUCUGUACAAUGCCCCUUCUGGAGACCCCCUGGGCACCAACUACAGCCUUGCUCCCAACACUCCCAUCAAUCAGAAUGUCAGCCUGCAUCAGGCAUCCCUGGGGGGCUGCGGCCAGGACUUCUCACUCUUCAGCCCUGAGGUAGAGAGCUUGCCUGUGGCUGGCAGCUCCACACUGCUCCCGCUGGUUCCCAGCAACUCCACCAGCCUCAACUCCACCUUCGGCUCCACCAACUUGGCAGGGCUCUUCUUUCCACCCCAGCUCAAUGGCACAGCCAAUGACACAGCAGGCCCAGAACUGCCUGACCCUUUGGGGGGCUUGUUAGAUGAAGCCAUGCUGGAUGAGAUCAGCCUGAUGGACCUGGCCAUUGAGGAGGGCUUCAACCCUGUGCAGGCCUCCCAACUCGAGGAGGAGUUUGACUCUGACUCAGGACUCUCCUUAGAUUCUAGCCAUAGCCCUUCCUCCCUGAGCAGCUCUGAGGGCAGCUCUUCUUCCUCCUCUUCCUCCUCCUCCUCCUCUUCCUCUGCUUCCUCCUCUGCCUCUUCCUCCUUUUCGGAGGAAGGUGCUGUUGGCUACAGUUCUGACUCUGAGACCCUGGAUCUGGAAGAGAGUGAGGGCGCAGUGGGCUACCAGCCUGAGUAUUCCAAGUUCUGCCGAAUGAGCUACCAGGAUCCGUCGCAGCUCUCCUGCCUGCCCUACUUGGAGCAUGUGGGUCACAACCACACGUACAACAUGGCACCCAGUGCCCUUGACUCUGCUGACCUGCCACCACCCAGCACCCUCAAGAAAGGUAGCAAGGAGAAACAGGCUGACUUCCUGGACAAACAGAUGAGCCGGGAUGAGCACCGAGCCAGAGCCAUGAAGAUACCAUUCACCAACGACAAAAUUAUCAACCUGCCUGUAGAGGAAUUCAACCAGCUGCUGUCCAAAUAUCAGCUGAGCGAGGCCCAGUUGAGCCUCAUCCGGGACAUCCGGCGUCGGGGCAAGAACAAGAUGGCUGCUCAGAACUGCCGCAAGCGCAAGCUGGACACGAUCCUGAACCUGGAGCGGGAUGUUGAGGACCUGCAGCGUGAUAAGGCCCGACUGCUGCGGGAGAAAGUGGAGUUCCUGCGAUCUCUGCGUCAGAUGAAGCAGAAGGUCCAGAGCCUGUACCAGGAGGUGUUUGGGCGGCUGCGGGAUGAGAACGGGAGGCCCUACUCGCCUAGUCAGUAUGCGCUCCAGUAUGCUGGGGACGGCAGUGUCCUCCUCAUUCCUCGCACUAUGGCUGACCAACAGGCCCGGAGGCAGGAGAGGAAGCCAAAGGACAGGAGGAAGUGAGCUGGGGUGGGUAGGGGGUGGGCACUCACUAUGACCGAAGCUGGAGAAGGGCUGGGCCUGGACCUGGACCGACAGUGGGGACAUCAAUGCCUUCUUAUCCAAUAUAUCUUCUCAGAUGGGAUGACUGCGGGUCAGUGCAUAGGAAGAGGUGGGCGCAGGCGCUGUCUCAUGCAGCUUCCCUUCUGGGGUAGAAGUGACCAGACCAUUUGGGUGGCUGGGGUCCCCACUCUACCCCUUUCUUUAAGGGAAGAGUAGUGCUGGCAUUGCUGGAGGUAGAACAGCUAUGUAGAGUGGAGGUAACCAAGGGGAUGGAAAAGAGUUGUGAAAGGAAAAGUGGUAACAAGUGUCAUUCCUGGAAGAAAGGAAGGAAGGAAGCCCUUCAAAAAUCAAAGCAGUUAGAAAAUCAAAGGGAAGGUUAUGGUGGGCUUUGGCCAGGAUUCUAGGCAGCAGGUUUGAGUGACUGGUGUGAUAAACCCCAUUUUAUCCAAGAGUGGGUACACAGGUAGAGGAGGGGCCAGGGAGGAGGCUUUUUUUUUUUUCUCUUUCUGUUUUAACUCUUACUGUUCCUUGUGCUUUGGCAUCCCUGAGGAGAGCUCUUGGGAAGUCACUUGUAACGUUUCAGUUAAGUGGAAUCUGUGGGGACCCAACACUGGCUUGGUUUCAGGCCAGAGGGCAGAGGGACAGAAAAAGGUAAUGAGGCCAUGUUGCCACAGUCCCAACACUAAGCAUGUCAGUUGCUACCCUGUCACUGCCGCCUCCAUCCGGCCUCCAGCCAUUCUUGAGCUGAGGUUGUCUGACGGUCUCCAUCAGAGCCUGCAUGGAAAUACUGUACCGCUCCCACUUGCACCCUGAGUUUGUGGUCCGCACCCUCACUAGCUGCCUGUAGCUCUCAGGAGUAGGGUGAUGGGCCUGCAGCUUCCUCCUCAGGGGCUGAACCAAGGCAGGGGAUGAUGUUCAGGGAGAUGCCGGUGCAGCCACCUGCCAGCAGUAUUGAGCACAACACUGGGCCUCUUCCCUCAGGUCUGGGCUUGUCACUGGGGGAAAAAAAAAAAAAGAAAAAUCCCUACAAAACCCAGCACCAAGAGAAAAACUAGUCCUUAGAAUUUCUUGCGCUUUGAUUUUAUUUUACUUUUUAAACUGGGGCUUGUGCCCCAUUUUACCUAUAGGGUCUAGAAUGCCUGUGUUGAGUAAAAAGGAGAUGCCCCAAUAUUCAAAGCUGCUAAAUGUUCUCUUUGCCAUAAAGACUCCGUGUUACUGUGUGAACACUUGAGGCUUUUCUCCUCUGUUUCAAGGUCUUGUCUGCUUGCUUGUUGGGGUUUCUUUCUAGAAUGAGAAGUGCAUGUAAUGGUGGCUGAGGGCACCUAGCACCAGGGUCUUGGCCAUCGGCUGUGUCUCCAUAGUCCCAGCUUAACCUGGGCUGUCGGAGAACAUCCUGAAAGAGGGAAGGAAUGCGAGUGCCACGGUGGCCAGUUAGCUCCAAGACCACAGUGUCUGUGUGUGUGGCUUUGCCACUGCUGCGUCAACCUCUGCCCAGCUUUGGAGUACUGUCUACUCCAGACCAGCAGGAGUAGAUUGGGGGGGUGGGGGGGAAUCACUGAUUUCCCUGCCCUGUGGGGGAGGGGGUUCCAAACUGAGCAGUAGGAAUAGAAGGCGCAAGCCUGGGAGUGCUUUUUAUAAAUUAUUUUCCUUGUAGAUUUUAUUUUUAAUUUAUGUCUGUGACCUGCCAGGGAGAGGAGAGAAAGAUGCUGUGAGCACAUGACAAAAUAAAAUAAAAUAAAAUGGAUGAUUAAUCUCAAGUGCAAUUUUUCCCCAUUUUGAAUUUAGAUUGAGGAAGGGAACAGGCCCUGUGAGGAGAGCGUUGCCCGUUGUGUGGCUGGGCGGUACCAGUGGAGAAGGGGGUGCGUGGCCAGCUGGGGAGGUGAUAAUGGAGAACUUUAAAA